AUGUGCGAUUUCAGCGCCCCAACGGUGAAACAUCUCAAGGUUAUUGGUUGCAAAGAUAGCAUGAACACUAAUGAACAAUCUAAUGAAUUUCCACGGAAAGACGUUUCACAUCAUCAACUUUUCGAUAUUUUAUUUUGGGGAAAAUCCAACGAUAACUCCAAACCCAAAAAUAUUCUCUACACUCUUCACUUCCCCCAAUCUUUUAAGGAACUUGUGAUGCUUCAGAAGAAAAAUGCUAUUUUUCACGGUAUUCACUUCCAUCAUGGGUACCUAUUUGAUGAGGAUCUUCACGAUAACUUUCCCUGAUCUAGUGCAGCAUCGAUGAUAACGUUCUUCACAUCUGUUGCGUGAGUCGCAUGCAUUUAAGUUCCUCCGGUCACUCAAUCAUGUCGUAGGAUGAAAGGUCCGAAUCGGCACUAGUGACUGGUUGUAUACGUAGAAUUUUUGAUGAGCAUAGUGACCGCGGAUAUUUUUUAUAUUCGUGAGUAGUAACAUCUUUUUCAGGUUUUUUAUGUAUUAGAUCAGGAUAGG